CAAAACUCAAACAGAAACACUGAAGACUAACCAUUUCAACAGAACAAAAUUUAAUUAAAAACAUACGAAGUUUUGUCAAAACCUAAUCAUAGUUUACAGCUUUUUUUGAAAUAAAUUGUAUGUAGUGCAUUAUACCAAUAAAUAAUUGAUUAAUUAAUUAUUUUAUCAAGAACUCCGCAUGUGAUUGUGAAACAACUGAGACCUUAACAAAAAGCUGUGUUUUGUUUUGUUUUGUUAGACUUCGAACAUUGAAAAGAGAUAAAUGUUCAUUUCUUAAUAACUAUAGAUAUUAUUUUUAAACCAAGUGCAAAGAUAAUCAAGUUCGAAUAAGCCUUUAAAUUCUGUAAGUUUUUGAUAUUAGGAACGAUGUCUAAUCUAGAAAAUAAGUUAUCAAUUUAUUAAAUAUAAUCUAAAACCUAUUAUCUCUAUAUUCUCCCUUUUAAAUCUGUGAAGAAAACAUAAAGUCAUGACAAACGUCCAAAGCAAAUUUUCGCCUAUCUUUUGCACUUGCAGGGAGUUCUUACACCCCUGGACAGAUAGUUGCACCAUUUCCAUAGCUGACAUUCUUAUUAAUACAGUUCCACAAAGUAUGCGAAUUUAUGCGGUUGUUUAUCUACUUUCCCUUAUAAUGCGACAUCGAAUACCUACACUGCUCGACCUCAAACGUACACUGAUCGGCAUCAUACAAUCCACCGCAUUUCUCUCCACUAAUAGCUUUACAUUUGUUCUUUACGUUUGUCUGCUGCGAAACGUCCUUGGAAAAUUUUACUUCUUGUCAAAUACAUUCUUGCCAGCAUAUAUGGCUAGCCUGACUGCUAUAUACAUCGAACGACCUGUUCGAAGGCCACUGCUUGCACUCUAUGUGGCAAAUGUUGCAACAGAAACCUUAUGGCGCAUGGCUGAAUCGCGUGGCUAUGUAAAAUCUAUUCCAAAAGGCCAAGCCCUUAUUUUUGGCGUUAGUGUAUCAGCUUUGUUGUAUAUCUAUCGUUUAGGCCUCCAUAAAAGUGACCCUUGUAAAGAUUCGAUAUUUGAUAUUUUACGCAUAUUUGUAGGAAAGAAUGAGGAAUGUAUGAGUAGAAUAGAGCGUCCAGUGGUGCCUUCUUCUUCUGUGCAACCUGAAAUUAAUGGAGCAUUUCAGGCUUAUUCCAGAUGUAUUCGAUGGAUAAAAGGUAAACAUGACUGUUGUCCACAUAGCGAAGGAUGCUUGCAGUAUGCGUUAAUGGGAGGAUUGAAGCCAUUUGUUGGUGGCGUUGGACUGCAAGUUGUCCUGAAGAUUGUCUUGAAUAUUAGAAAAAUUCUCACUGGCAGAAUGAAUUUUCAGAAGGAUAUAUUAGAUCCAAAAACCCUAGCUUUGGGAAUGUUUUUAGGAAGCUUUUCAUUCUUAUACAAGGGUGUAUCAUGUACUCUUCGAAAUACUACGGGCAAAGAUGAUCCCCGAUACGCUAUUCCAGCUGGGAUGAUUGGAAGCAUUGCAUUUACGCAGUAUCCUGAUAUCACUGUUGCCUUAUAUGUAAUGUGGAAAACUCUGCAAAUUGUCUACAACUAUGGCGAAAGCAAAAAAAUGUUACCAAAAGUCCAAGGAUUCUUGGUAUUCCUCUACUGUUUCUGUACAGCAACACUUUUCCAUGCCGCAAUUAUUGAGCCUCUAAAUCUGCGUCCCAGUUAUUAUAAAUUUCUGCAUUCACUAUCUGGAGGACGAGUUGGAUUAUUUAAUCGGUCAUUCCUUGAUGUAUGGGGCAUGCAAUCAAGUGAUGCUCUUCGAGAAGUCAUGAAACGAACCGGAACGGAAAAACUACCAAAAAAACUUUUGGGUGCCUGAUGUUUUGAUUCUAUUAAAUUCAUAAUUGUACAUAAUCCUUAGCUCUUACUUAAUAUUGUUUUGAAAUUCGAUAUUACACAUUUUUUGUUGAAAAUGUAUUUGAAAUUAAAUGUUUUUUAGUUAAGUGGAAAUUAAUAAUAACAAAAAAAAUAUAAUAUUUUUAUAUCAUAUUAUCAGUACUUUUGAAUAAAAACUAUUUUUUUAUAAAGUUUGA